AUGCACUCGAAUGUGGCAGAGUCUUUUAAUUCAUGGAUCCGUCAAGCUCGCCAUUUGCCCACUACGAAGAUGAUUGAUUCAAUUAGGUUAAAGAUCAUGGAUUUGAUGUCGAGAAGGAGAGAACAAGCUAAGAAAUGGAAUACUUUUCUUUGUUCGGAGAUGGAUUCAACGUUAGUAAAUGCUCUUAAAAGUGGAAGAACUUGGUUGGUUAGUCGUUCAAGUGAUCAUGUUUUUGAGGUUCAAUCCCGACCAUCGGUUAACGUUGACCUCUUGAAUAGAACUUGCUCAUGUUACCAAUGGCAAUUGAAUGGAUUUCUUUGUGCUCACGCGGCGACUGCUAUACAAAAGAGCGGAUGUGAUUUGUAUGCACAUGUGGAACCAUUUUAUUACACUAGCAAGUUCAAAGCUUGGUAUGCUGAGUCCGUUUAUCCAAUACCCACUGUUGAGAAAUCUCUUGUAGCUAUGGAUGAUCUUGUUGUCCUUCCUUCAAUUUGUAAGAAGCUACAUGGUAGGCCAAAGAAGAAUAGGAUUCCAUCUAGGGGUGAGAAGAUAAGACGAGUACAGUGUGGUAGAUGCGAGAAGUACGGUCAUAAUAGGAAGACUUGCAAGAAGACAUUGCCAUGA